UUGUAAUUUAAAUUAUUUCCAAACAGUGCAGAUAGCGCAGACAGUAUUGAAAAAUUGCGAAAUGAAAGUCCAUAGGAAUGAUUUAAUUAUUUUAAUCAUUUGAAUUAUUGAAUUAUUUUCAUAAUUUUGUUACAGAAAUCCGUACGGUGAUAGCGAGUUCUUGGCUUUUUCUUUCUUUAUUUUCUCUUUCUAUCAUAAAAAUAGGACUUUAACAGUAACUAAUCGAUCAAUCGCAGUCAAGAAUUCUCAAAAUAUCGAGAGUUGGCGCCUUUUACCUUGUUGCUUUUCGUUUCGUUACUACUUGUGCUUUGAGAUUCCUCGUGUUCACUGAUACCGGCUUAUAGGUUAAGUCGCACGCAACGUUACUCGUCAUACUAUUAUUUCCAUAAACAUUGCAUAUAAUUAUAUAUAAAUAUAAAUAAUCGCAAAAUGGUUGUCUUUACGUGCAAUCAUUGUGGCGAUCCGUUGCAAAAGCCCAAGGUGGCUGUGCAUUAUCAAACAGUAUGCCGAAACAUACCCUUCUUAACCUGCGUGGACUGUCUGAAGGAUUUUCGAAAUGAGGAGUACAUCUCACAUACUAAGUGCAUAACUGAAGCUGAACGAUAUGGUGGGAAAGACUAUGUUCCAAAGUCUAGCGUAAACAAGGGCGAGCGCAAGCAGCAGGAAUGGAUUAAUGUUAUUAAUAAUCUGCUAAAUGGAACAAUAGUUUUGUCCAAUGCUGAACAGAACUUUCUCAAUAACUUAUCAAAAUAUGAAAAUAUACCAAGAAAGAAAUCUAAAUUUCUUAACUUUGUACGCAGCGCAAUGGGCAAUCGUAUGAAUAUAACGGUUGUCGAGAGCGUUUGGGAUAAAAUAGAAAAUGCGCACAAACAAAGUCAACAAUUCCCUUUGAAGAAAAAAGAGAUAUCAAAACAGGAGCAAGAUAAAGAUAAAGCAUGUAUUCAAAAUACAGAUUCUAAUAACUCAUUCGAUAAUCAGAAUGUUGCUGAGAAUCAAAAUAAUGAAAAUCUAUGCAAAGAAAGUAAUUCUACGAAUCAUCAAAAUGACAAAAUGAGUGAGAUUACUAAUGGUCAUAUACAUGAAAAGCGAAGUAAAUCUAAAAAACGACGAUUAGAAUCGAGCGUUCCAUUACCAGAGAAAGAUCAACCUGUUGCAAAGAUUAUAAAACAAUCUAAUUCAGAAACGAGUAAUAAUGGAAGUGACGUUUCCACAUUCUGUUGGAAGAAAACUAUUUUAGAAAUUUUACAAACUAAGGGUGAAAUGUCUUUAAGAAAACUACAAAAUAGAGUUAUGAGAAAAUGUAUAUAUUAUGUUUUUAGCUUGAACAACAAUACUUUUAAAUUAACUGAAUAUGAAAAAGCUAUUGUAAAAUUUAACAAAACAAUAGAAAAACUAAAAAUAUCAUCUGCGAUAUGUAUCUCGGGAAACAAAGUAAAAUUACUUUAAUCAC